GAGCUGCUCACUUUCUCAAUCUUUCGCAUAGAAGCAAUGAAUCGUCGUAGAGGGGAUGUUGUAGCUGCGAAGCCUCUACAAUCUUAUUCAUAAAAAUGGUUCUCUCGGUUUUCUUUUCCGUUUUCGUGCGUUGCGCAUUGGUUCUGCAGCAAGCCACGUUCUCGUCGGAAACGCAUUGUUUCGUCCGAGCGCAACGGGAUUGGAGUCCGCGCGAACGGCUUGAACGACGGGAGAAGCGGCUCACGGAUUUGUUUCCAACGAAGGAUCGCGUGCCCCGGCUGCUCCUUCUGGUCCCCGGCCACGGCGAAGCGGAACGCUGGCCCUGGAUUUCCGACACCUUGAAUCGCAUCGCCGCAGAAUGGCGCAGUGGCUUUGAAGCGGUGUUUGAAGCAGCAGAUGUUGACCAGGGAGAUGACGCAAGCACCGCGACCGCAAGCCGGGAUGCACUACAUGCAGCUCCGCAAAGAACUACAGAUGGCAACCAAGACCAAACGGACUUUUUUUCCGACGGGACGACGAGAGCUGUGAGUACACCUAGGAGCAACCGCGAUGGUACGCUACAUCACAAGCGUGAUCUCUAUCCCCAUCUCGGCUGCGUGGUUUACGUGUACAAAACGGAAGAAGCGUAUUCUCUUGCGGAAGUCACCGAGAAGGACCGGAGAUUGGGGAAUUUCACCGCUACGCAUUGCGAAAUCCGCCGCCGCGUUCGGUUUAACUGGACCGGUUUCCUCCAGCUCUCCGCUAUGCCAGAUCCCGCGGUGAGGCCCGGUCGACUCGACACGGACAUAAAAUCGGACAACGCAACGGUCUUGGUAUCCGCUAUCGGACGAGGACGAGAAAACAACCACGCUCGAGCAGUAGAUCAACGAGAAACCACCAAGUACGUGCAAUCCGGGAGACAGCAGAUUUCGCACGACCGUGCCGAGCAGAACGCGCUGUUCCCGUUAAUCGAGCAGUUCGAUUACAUCCUGGCAAUUCUCGACGAUAUCAGCGUGGAAGCGUUUUCCGUCCGCGAGUUCCUCGGCGUCAUGAGGCACAACGGGUUAAACGUAGCGACCCCCUUCGUCUACCUGGCGCCCGGCAGCAACUUCAUCAAGCAGUCGAUCUUGGACGCGGUCAGCGAGGAAGACCCGCGAUUCGGCGAAACGGCUCGGGGUUACCGCGCGGAGGGCCACAUGUCCGUGGCCUCGAAGAACGCCCUGUUCGGGAGUUUGUACCAGCGCGGAAUCGCGGGGACGAGGCUGCGCGCUUGGGAGGUGCAGAUGACCAUGUUUCGGAAGGACGCUUUCUAUUGCUGGGCUCACAUGGUCGACCCGGGCACAAAUCCGAUCGGUUGGGGAUACGACAUGCUGUACAUUUAGAGCUUUACUUAUUUCGAUUUCGUUUUAUUUUGCAUUCUGUAUGUAAAAAGAAAAACCGCAAGAAUGCAGGAGGGGUCUCUCAAUGAAUGCAGCCUAAAAAAAUAAAUCAAAUGAAACCACAGGUACUACGACCUGUGCGAGCACACAAACGCCAUCGGUUUUGUCAGCGGCCCGAAGGCAGAGGUUUUCCACCUUGCGGAGCGGUUUCUGCAGGGCCUGAGCUCGAACCGCUACGUCAUGGACGACGAAACUUUCCCGCUGCCAACCAACGUCAAGCCGCAGUUCGUGAAGGUCGGCGAUCUAGGUCGUCUGAACGACCACGGCACCGGCGGGGCGCUGGACCAGGACCUGAAAGUGAAACGCGAGGAGGCGCGGAAACGAGCGCUGGACCGGAGUCGGGGAAAGGCUGUGAGUGGACUACCGGGGGAACAAAGUAGUACUGUCGUGGGCGAAGGAGAGGACCAAAACUCAUCUGCGCCAGCAGCAAUCGAGGCCGCUACUGCAGGGGAACAAGAUGGAACUUCCCCGCCGGGUUUGGAUGCGGGCAACGAUACGGACGGGUCAUACCACGGCAUACACGGCAUGCCCGACUUUGUGUCGAACGCGCCGAAGGAAUCCUACAUCGAAGUGAUUGGCCAGUACCAGAUUGCCGAGGCCAUGAUGGAGAACUGGCUGCAGAAAAAGAAGAUCACGCCCUAUUGGGAGCUGGAGAAGAACGAGAAAGCAGCAAACGCAUCCAACGAGACGAGCACGUUAGCUGCACACCCUCCAGGGGAAGGGACACCAGUAGAGAGCGAAGAAGCAAAGCAGUCGCACGGCAGUUGGCAGUCGUCCUCGAAAGCCGGCGGAAAUGCGCCGUCAACGAGCUCGAGUUCCGGUCACGGCGCUUUAGGUUUUGUCGUCAAGGCGUGUUUGGUUGCACUAGAAGACGAUCUAAUGUUCAUGCGAGGUGACGCGGAAGAUCGAGAAGAUGUUACCAGCGUCAUUCAUUAAACGAUGGCUGUGGAGCGGCAGACGGCCGUUGGUGAGCUAUUCUGGGUUCGUGUUCGAAGGCUGUUCUUUCCGAAGAUGGUGAAGUA